AGUGGCAAACUCAAAUCGCAAGCUGCGCCUGCUCGUAGUGUUGUUGUCAGAAAAAUGGCGGCACUGCUGCUGCAAGAGUUGGAAGCUUCCGAGCUAUCUAAGUUACCAAAAACAAUUCAAAACAAACUCGAGAGGAUUCUUUCGGAUCAGCAAUAUGAAAUCGAUUCUUUGAAAGCACAACAGGAACAAUUUCGGGUUGACAGCGAGCAACAUUUCUUUGAGAAAGUGAAACGACUUGCUCAGUGUCAGGAAGAAUUUCUGUCCCAGACUCAAGAACAUCUCAAACUCAAAGAGGAGUUUACCAAGCUUGACGAGGAGCUUAAAAGUGUGCGUGAGAAGAAUAGGGAAUAUGAAUCCGCCCAAGAGAGGUUGUCAUCAGAGCAGACUUUGCUGUCAAAAGCCAAAUUGGAACUGGAGGCAGAGAAGCGAGAGCUUGUGCGAACACUGGAGAGGAGAUCUGUGGAAGUGGAGCAUUUAAAUGAUGACUUCAGGCAACUCAAUGACAAGUUGGUGGAAGUCAACACCUCUAAGAUGGCACUGCAGAUGAAGUUAGAUGAACUUGAAUCAGCUGAAGUCAACAUUAAAUACAAGGAGAAGCGUAUGGAACAGGAGAAGGUGCUGCUGCAUGGCCAAACAUCUUGGCUGAAUGAAGAAUUGAAGGCUAAGAGUGAGGAACUGCUGUCCCUGUCCCGACAGAAGGGAAACCAGAUCCUGGAACUGAAAUGCAACCUGGAGAACAAGGAAGAUGAGUUGAACAGACUCCAAGACCAAGUUGGCAGUUUGAAGACUUCAAAUGAACACCUUCAGAAGCAGAAUGAGGACAUGAUCAGCAAACUAAAAGAAGCCAAGGAACAACACGCCACCAUGGAGGAAAAGUUCAGAAACGAGCUGAAUGCCAACAUUAAGCUUUGUAAUCUAUACAAGGGAGCAGCAGCAGAUUCUGAGGCAAAAAGCGAAGAGCUGAAUCGGGCAGUGGAGGAACUGCAUAAGCUACUGAAGGAUGCUGGAGAAGCCAACAAGGACCUUGAGGAGAAGUUGCAGGAGAUGAAUGGUGCCACAGACAAGAGUGUAGCUGAGCUAAAGGAGAGGAUCCAGGGUCUUGAGAAAGAGCUGGACAAUGCUAAUGAGCUGCUGUCAAGUUCUAAACUUAGAGGCCCUGUCGGUACAACAUCUGUGCUCACAGAGGAGCAAAUGAUAACAAUGUCUCCAACAGCAGCUGCUGUAUCCAAGAUAAAGCCCGGCAUGAAGCUGACAGAGUUGUAUACAGCAUAUGUGGAGAGCCAGGAGCAGCUGCAGUUGGAGCGAUUGGAGAACAAGCGGGUCAAUAAAUACCUGGAUGACAUUGUACAGGAAGUGGAAGCAAAAGCCCCUAUCCUCAAACGGCAAAGGGAUGAACAUGAGCGCAUGCAGAAGUCAGUGGCCAGUCUUUCUGCCAAGCUGGAGCAGGCUGUUCAGGAGGUGCACCGUCUGCAGAAAGAAGCUGAUGAAGCUAACAAGCGCUCCUCUGUUCUGGAAAGGGAAAGCCAGAGGUGUGAACUGCAGCUGGGAGACAUGGCUCAGCAGGUGCGUGUGCUGCUGAUUGAGCUGGAAGAGGCUCGUGGAAACCAUGUGGUUCAUGAAGAGGAGGUGAGCUCAGCCGACGUCAGCAGCACGUCAGAGGUGAUCAGCCAACACUUGGUGACCUUCCGCAGUGUAGAGGAGCUACAGCAGCAGAACCAGCGUCUUCUGGUGGCCCUCAGGGAGCUCAGUGAUGCCCAGGAAAGAGAGGAGUUUGAGGCGACUGGCAAUAAGCGUGGUGAACUGGAGCACAGUUUGGAGAAAGCCCAGGUUGAGCUGGAGUCCCUGAAAGAGCAACGCAGCCAACAGGUUAAGAUGACUGAGUCCAUUGUGAGGCAGAGGGACAUGUACCGUGUGCUGCUGGCUCAGGCAACCGGAGUAAGCUUCCCUCAGCAAGGUACGCAAUCUGAGGAGUUCUCCCUUACCUCCACCCCACGACGCUCACCUGCAGCCAUUCCCACCACAGGAACGCCCACUGCACUCGUCUCCAUGGCAACAGAGUCUGCUGAAGCAUUGGAGGCCAAGGCAGCUUUGCGACAGUUGCAAGAGGUAUUCUCCACCUAUAAGAAAGAGCGUGUGGAGAGUGACAAGGCACUGACUGAGCAGAACGAGAAGCUCCAGGAGCAGCUCUCUGUCCUCCACUCCCAGAAUGCCAAGAUAUCCACCCAAUUGGAGUUUGCCUCCAAGAGGUAUGAGAUGCUGCAGGACAACGUUGAGGCCUACAGGAAAGAGAUUGCUUCUCUCAGAGAGAAAGGACAGAAGAUGGCUACUGCCACACAGAAGCAUGAGCAGACCAUCCACACUUUGAAUGAAGAUCUGAGAGCUGCCAAAGAGAAACUCGCCAUGGCUGAGGGCCGUGCUGAGAGCCUGCGUAAGGAGAGAGACAUGCUGAAGCUGGUGGAGUCCAGGUUGAAUCAGGAGAAAGAGACAAUCCUGAGCCAACAACAGACCCAGAAUGUGCUGCUGACCAACCUCCAGGCCAUUCAGGCCACUCUUGAGCGUUCAGAGACUGAUACACGUCAGCGUCUAAACAGCCAGUUGGAGAAGCAGGAACGAGAUAUCUCCCAGCUCCAGAAGAGGCUGGAGCACGAAGUGGAACAACGCCACCUGCUCAGCAGAAACCAGGAAAUCCAGUUGAUGGAGGCAAAGAGGCAGCUUGAGACACAGGUGGUUUUACACCAGAAGACCAAGGAGCUGCUGAAUGCUGCCGAGUUGGAGCUCAACACCCUCAGGCUGCAGCAAGGCACCAGUGAAGCACGUCACACCCUGAGCUCCCCCUCCACACCCAUCAGAGGCAUGCAGGGUUCAGAUCAAGACAGAGAGGACCUACAGGGCCGUCUGCGGCUGGCUGAAACCCGGGCAGAGGAGCUGGCAGAGAACCUCAGGGCAGCCACCUCCAGCAUGAAGCAGUACAGAGCCAUGGCUCAGAGCUUGGAGGAGUCCCUCGACAAAGAGAAACAGGUAACAGAGCAGGCACGCUCAUCCAUUGAAGCUCGUAUGAUGGAGGCUGAGAAGCAGCACCGCAGGCUGGAGGAGAAGCUUCUGGAAGCAGAGAAAGAGAAACAAGAUUUGGAGGAGCAGAAGAGGAGAGCCCUGGCUUCUCUGGAGGAACAGAUGAACAGUCUAAGGAGCAGUCUCAGCAGUGCCCAGGCAGAUCACCAGGCGGUGCUACAGCAAGUGGCAGUAGCUGAAGCCCAGCAGCAGCAAGCUCUACAAGACAGCCAGGAGCACGCUAAGCUGGCAGCUGAAGCACAAGAUAAGUAUGAGCGGGAGAUGAUGCUGCAUGCAGCAGACGUGGAGGCCCUGCAGGCUGCUAAAGCUCAGGCCCUACAAGCCAUCGGGCUCAAACACCAGCUGGAGGAGAGAUCCCAGAGGGUCAGUGCAGAGCUACUGGAGGCCAGGGUCUCCUGGGAGGAGCAGGAAAAGAUCCUCAAGGAGGAGAUGUCCAAGAUGGAGAGCCGCUAUGAUGAAUUGCAGCGGCAGAACACCCUCCUGCAUGAGCAGAUCCAGACGAUGAGCAGCAAGAUGGCUGACAAAUUGCAACGUGCUGCCAGUGAGAAUCCCAUGAACAUCUCCCUGACUGAAGAUGGCAAAUCUCAAGACCAAGUCCUUGAGAUUCUCAGGUUUGUACGUCGGGAGAAGGAGAUUUCAGAGUCUCGUUUUGAGAUUGCCCAAGGGGAGAGUUUGCGUUACCGUCUGAGGGUGGAGCACCUGGAACAAGAGCUGAAGGAGGCACAGGACAGCUUGAGUGCCGCAAAGGAGAGGAUGCAGGUGACAGCGAAGACCCUGGCUCAGCAUGAUGAGCUGAUGAAGAAGACCGAAACAAUGAGCAUCCUGAUGGAGACCAACAAGAUGCUGAGAGAGGAGAAGGACAAGAUGGAGCAAGAACUGCAGCAAACCCAAGCUAAGGUACAAAAGCUGGAGUCAGACAUCAUGCCACUGCAGCAAGCCAACUCUGAGCUGAGCGAGAAGAGCGGUAUGCUGCAGGCGGAGAAGAAGAUACUGGAAGAGGAGGUCAAGCGCUGGAAAGCUCGGUCCCAGCAUUUGGUGAGCCAGCAAAAAGAUUCAGAUCCGGAAGAGUACAAGCGUCUGCACUCUGAAAAGGAGGCACAUCUCAAACGCAUUCAGCAGCUCAAUGAGGAGAGCAUCAGAUUUAAAGCAGAGGUGGCCAGGACCAAUAAUCUAACAACAUCUCUGCAAAGCCAGAUACAGAACUUGCGUGACAGUAUGAAUAAAAUAACUGAUGAGAGGAAUACGCUGAAAAAGGACCUGGAUACCAAGAACCAGGAACUCCAGGAGAAGGCGCGAACUAUCACCCAGGUCAAGAAGAUUGGACGCCGUUACAAGACUCAGUAUGAUGAACUCAAGGUGGAACAUGACAAGUUGGUAGCUGAAGCCACAGCAGGCCCAUCCCAAGAAGAGGAGGCACGUCAAGCCUCAGCUCAGGAGCUGCAGAGCCUCAGAGAUUCUCUGAGCCAGGCCGAAGCCAAGACCAGAGAGCUGGAAGUACAGCUUGAGAACAUGAACAAGGUGGUUACAGAGCGUGAGACUGAAGGGCGUAAUGCCCAGGAGCAGUCCUCCAGGCUGCAGACAGAGCUGGCCAGGUUAAGGCAGGAGCUGCAGGAUAAAGUUUCUCAGGAAGACACGCUGAGACAGCAGAUGACUGAGAAGGAGGAUAAGACCAGGAAGGCCAUCGUUUACGCCAAGCAGAAGAUUAGUCAGCUCAUGGGCACCAAAGACCAGCUGCAGCAGGAAAAUGAGGAGCUAAAGCAACAGCGUGAGGAGCUGGAGGUGCGAGUGAGCGCUCUCAAGUCUCAAUACGAGGGCCGCCUGAGUCGACAAGAGAGAAAACUGAGAGACCUGCAAGGCCAACAGGAGAGACAAGAGCAGAGAGACGAGCCACCUGAGGCAGGUCCCAGCAAGACCCAGGAGCAGCAGAGGAGCACAGAACAGAGACAGAUCAGUCUGAAGCCAACCCCAGCUGCAGACAGGGGCAGUGCCAGCACAUCUGAGCCUCCAACUGCCAACAUUAAGCCAACACCUGUAGUGGCUACAGCCAGCAAGCAGCCUGUCAAUCCGGGGAACAAACCCACUCCAAGAGCAAGCAUCAGGCCUAUGAUCACCCCAGCCACUGUACCCACCCCAACACCCACGGCUACUGUCAUGCCCACCACACAGGUGGAGACCCAGGAAGCAAUGCAGUCUACUGAAGGCCCACCAGUGGAGCAUGUGACUGUGUACGGCAGUGCUAGCGGCUCGGUGCGCUCCGCCAGCCCCAACGUCCAGACCACUUUAGCUAGCCCCAUGCUGACUGUGCAGCAGACCCAGACACAAGCCACAGCAUUUGUCCAACCAACUCAGCAACAGAGCGUGACCCAUGCAGAGCCAGCCAAUCAGGAGCCACCCCCAGUGGUCAUUGAGGCAACACCUAGCUCACAGGUGGAAUGGCCUUCAACGUCUUCCACCUCCUCUGUGUUUGGGACUGUUUCAGCAACACCAGGAACCUCUUCCAUGUCCAAGAGGCCUCGUGAGGAGGAGGAGAGCGCCACAAUGGUCACUGACACAGAGGCCACUCAGGAGGAUACCUCCAGGGCUCCUAUACCUAAAAAGCUGCGCAUCAUCCAAAGAGUGGGCCCAGAGGAGGAGGUGCUGGUGGAGGACAGUUCUGAGGCUGAGGGGAUGGUGCCAACAGACACACAAGAUGGUGAAACAAGCCAGACAGAGGAGUUUCCAGCACUGGAGGAAGGAGAUGAGGGUGCAGCCUCCCAGUCUGUCAUGAUGGACCAAGAGGUUACCCUGACCCAAAGUGACACCCCUGACCAGGUGGAGCAGGAAGUAAUCAUCAUAGUAACAGACACAGAGAGUGAGGAUGACCAGGAAGAGGAGGAUGAAGAGGAAGAGGAGCAGGACUACGAGGAAGAGGAAGAAGAGGAAGAGGAAGAAGAGGAGGAGGAAGAUGAAGAGGAGGAAGACGAUGGAGAGAUGGGGGAGGAAGGAGAGGACAGUAACGAGGGGAGCGGUGACGGCAACGAGGCUUACGAGGGAGACGACACAGAGGGAGCUGAUGUAACAGAUCCGGGCACAGAGACGGAGGAGAGUUUGGGAGCGUCUGACUCCACCCAGAGGCCAGCAGAUUCCCAGACACCCUGCUUCGAGGGCAGUACAAUGGAUGCCUUCUCCACAGAACAACCUAUCACAAGCUCUGGUACAAGGAUGCCCCAGUCACCACGGAGACCAACACAUCAGCUGCCCCCUCGCCUGAACAUCCACCCCGCCCCGGCAUCAGAACUGGGGCCACCUGCUCAGGUUCAGCGUAUCCCCGUUCGUCGCGUCCCUCAGCUCACUUCCGGGGUGCCGGGCAGCACUCAGCAAUUCUUUGAUGAUGAUGACAGGAUGGUUCCCAGCACUCCUACUCUGCCACACCGCUCCGAUAGUUUUGACCAGGCCAUCCAUUCUCCUCAAGUGGCUGGUGUGCCUCGCUUCAGGUUUGGUCCUUCAGAUGAUAUGCCACAGACCAGCUCCUCCUCGCACUCUGACCUGGGACAUCUCGCGUCACAAGGAGGUCUUGGGAUGUAUGAAAGCCCCUUGUUCCUAGCAACUCAUGAAGAGGAGUCUGGUGGACGCAGCGUUCCCACUACACCGUUACAAGUUGCAGCACCAGUAACGGUAUUCUCAGACGGGGCUCAGUCUGACGCCACUGAGCACGCCUCCCAGUCAGUUCCCAUGGUGAGCACGUCCACACCAGGCCUGGUUGUGCCAGGAGCAGCCGGCACAGGGGAGGAGAGAGACGACGUCUUCCUGGAGCCAGACACUGAUAGGUCCAGUGCAGAAGUGUCAGUGGAUCCAGUGGUCUCACAGGGAGAUAUAGAGGAGCCAAGCCAGCCAUCUGACAAGGCCAGCCUCCCCUCCACCAGUCAGGAGCCCUCCUCCAGCUCUGCAGAUACAAGCAGUGCUUCACCUAAACCCUCUAGACCUGGACCCAGUAGACAGCUGCAGCGCUGGCCAGAACACCGUGGUGGCCGCAUGAAGAGAGGAGGUCAGGGAUUUCCUUCUCGGGGUGUACAUGGGAGACGAUUCGUGAGAUGAAGCACUAAUGAGAAAACAACCAUGACUGGAGAACUUGCCAUUCCCAUCAGAAACACGACACAUUUUCCAAUCAGAGUAUUCAGAUUCUAUAUUCAGCGAUAAUGUUCACUUGUUCUGAAGCCUGUUGUUUUUUGUUUUGCUUUCGUUUUUAAUGUGCUUGUAAGUACCUUUUUGUAAUCAGUCCAUGCUGAAGCAGUGUGUUUUAUGAAGAAUGCAAUAAACUUAAACUAUAAGAAAAACACAA